AUGUCGGCCAGAGCAAAAGGAGAACCGAAAGCAUCCGAUGGCCGCCACAGGUCCGGGAGGAUCCAGGUCGCGGUCAGAGGAGUCCCGGGGAGCAGAGGGCUAGCGGUCAGAGGAGACUGCACCACCGGACAGCUGAAACUGGCUCUGUCGGAGAGGCUGGGAGCCCCGGCGGGGCAGCUGGAGCUGGUCCACGCCGGCCGGGUCCUCCGGGAGUCCGAACACAUCCUCCACGUUAAAGGGCGGAGUGGGCCGGUCAAGCUCUGCCUGGUCCGAAGGUCUAAACUGGUGUCCGCUCAGCCCCCUGGUUAUUCUUCAUUAGUGAGAACCGAAUCCGAAGCGGCUCGUGCCCCGGAUCACACCCUAACGGUGCCCACAGCUUCAGCCCUAUGCCUGGUCGAGGGUCUCGAGGGUCUCGACUUAGACAGCAGUGGGCCACAGAUGGAGAGCCAGAUCCUGCCUGCCCCCCUCUCCUCCAGGCCGCUUACACCACCCGGUUCCGGGGUCCAGCAGGUCCUGAACACCAGCCCCGAUGUGGGACCUGUGCCGAGCAACACUGGUGUCAGAAAUCAGGCGAUGGGGUUCACCAGUGACCCUGAAAUGAUACGGGAAGACCCUGAAACCACCCCAGGUGCAUCUGCUAUUUGUCAGAAGACAGAAGCAAAAACACAGCAAACUAGUCCCAAACUGCAGUCGCCAGAGGCAGAGAGCAGCUCAACACUACGCUCCUCCGAAGACUCCGCAGAUCCCCUCAAAGACCUGACUGCCGCCCCUAAAGCUGAUCCAGGAUCUCAGAGCUCUAUCCCCACAGGCAAGAUACUGCAGCCCCACCACGCAAACACAGCCGAUGUACAGAGAAGAAUCCCCGUUGUGUCCUCAGAAAGCUUUUCCUGCUCAUUGUGGCCUGCUCCCCGUUGCCUCAGGUAUGCAGGCCCUGCUGGAGGAGAUCACAGCGAGUCCGGGUCUGGUGGAGAGUCUGCUGUGUGGGCCGUGCGUCAGCAGCCUCCUGAACUGCCUCAGCAGCAACCCCGACCUGGCCGCUCAGGUGAUUGGAUGCUACUGAGCCAUCCGCUGUUCUCACAAAAUCCUCAGCUUCAACAGCAAAUGAGACAGCAAAUCCCUCUGUUUUUGGAACAGAUGCAGACUCCAGAGCUGUUGUCAGCCAUGUUGAAUCCCAAAGCAAUGGAGGCUCUGCACCAGAUCCAACAAGGCCUUCAGACUCUGGCUGAGGAGGCUCCCUCCAUCCUGCCAACAGCUGGACUCGAACCUAAUGGUGACGAUGCUAAUGAGGCUCCUGAGUUAGCAUCUGACUGUUGUCUGAACAGCCAGUCAGGGAAUGGGCUUCAGGUUGCCACAGCGACCGAGCAGCAGCAGAAGUUUGUGCACCAGAUGCUGCAGGCUCUGGCCAACACCACCAGUGGGGCUCGACAGGAGGAGCAGGAGUUCCAACAGGAGCUGGAGCAGCUGAGCUCCAUCGGCUUCAGGGACAGACGGGCAAACCUUCAGGCACUCAUCAGCUCAGGAGGAGACCUCUCCACCGCCAUCCAGCAUCUGCUCGCUCUCUGA